GGGAAAGUCAGCAGUCAGCAGCGCAGUGGCGGGAACCGCAGCCCGGCGGCCCUGGAAGCUCCCAGGUUCACUGAUCACCCAGACCUGCUCACCUGUGCAGCAGAGCAGAGGGGCCUGGAAGGAGAGAGGAGACAGAAGCUAAAGAUGCAGGGUCUGGUGACAUUCAGUGAUGUGACUGUGACCUUCUCGAAAGAGGAGUGGGAAUGCAUGGACUCUGCUCAGUGGAAUUUGUACACUGAUGUGAUGUUGGAGAAUUACAACAACCUGGUCUUUGUGGUGGCAAGUACACAGUCACAGUCAGGAGUCAGUGUACAGAGUGGACCUGAGAACAACCCUAUGAGGAAAGUUAAGAACACAGCAGUGUAUGGAGCUCAGACAGUGGAGGAUAGAAAUAAGCAAUAGCUGCCCGUGACAGCUCUGCCUCAAUCCAGCUGGAGGCUCUAAUGUCUGACAUCAUGCUGCUUUUGCAUCCAUUACUUUUCAGGAAGCUGAUUGAUUUUUGGUUUUGGGUUUUUGUUUUGUUUUGUUUUGUUUUGUUUUGUGUGUGUGUAUGUGUUUCUAGAGAAAGAAAUAAAAUAAGCCUGUGAUGCUUUUGAGUAAGA